AUGUUAAAGGAGGACCUUCCAGAAGAAUGGCAAAAUAUAACGUCCGCAGAACUGGAAAAUUUAGUUGCUUCGAUGCCCAGACGCUUGUGGUUGGUAGUGCUGUUGUCCUGUUGCCGUUUGGCCAGCAUACAAGGAUUAACAUUUAUAAAAAACACCCCAUCGAAACAAUUUACAUUUGCUACAAGUGACAAUACUCAGCAGCCAUCUCCAGCAGUUUCGAGUGAUGCAACAGUUCUAACACGUCAACUAAUAACUGGAACUCUUACGCCCAAUAUUGUGAACACGCCCUCUCAUUGUAUAUGUGUACCAGCUGGUUCUUGUCCAAAUCCUUUGCCACCACCACCCACCGAUGGUAGUGGGCAGAUUGAUAUACGCAUAGUAAAUAAUCCUGUUGUUGUUACCACACCGGCACCAUUCACCUGUAGCUAUUCUCUAAGUGUAUGCUGCCAGGCUGGUCCUUAUCAGUGUGGACGUCAUUAUCCACCUCCACCUGGCAGCAUACCAGCAGGAGCUGGUCAAGCUGAAUUUGGUGAAUAUCCCUGGCAAGCAGCUUUGCUAACGACUACUGAAGUAUAUCUGGGUUCUGGGGCACUAAUAACGCCUCAACAUAUUUUGACCGCUGCUCAUAAGGUCUACAAUGUUGCCAUGACCUCCUUCAAAGUGCGUCUAGGUGAAUGGGAUGCCGCGAACACAGCUGAACCCAUACCAGCACAAGAUGUUGUAGUCUCCAAUAUCUACAUACAUCCCAAUUUCAACAAAGAUAAUUUGCAAAAUGAUGUGGCCAUUCUAAAAUUGGCCACCCCAGUGUCGCUUACAUCUAAGUCGACUAUUGGUACAAUUUGUUUGCCCAGUGUAUCGUUUGUGGGUCAGCGCUGCUAUGUGGCUGGUUGGGGUAAAAAUGAUUUUGGUCCCACUGGAGCCUAUCAGGCCAUACAACGUGAAGUGGAUGUGCCUCUUAUACCCAACGCUAAUUGUCAGGCUGCCUUGCGUAAUACACGUUUGGGUGCCACCUUUGUAUUGAGUAACACCAGUUUUAUAUGUGCCGGCGGGGAGGCGGGUAAAGAUGCCUGUACGGGAGACGGCGGUUCACCUUUAGUGUGUCAAAGUAAUGGCAUUUGGUAUGUGGUCGGUAUGGUGGCAUGGGGCAUUGGUUGUGCCACAUCAGGUGUACCUGGUGUUUAUGUUAAUGUUGCCACAUAUUUACCAUGGAUACAAACGAUUUUAGCUUCAUAGUUGACAACAGCUACAACAACAACAAU